UAUUCAUUCCCGAGCAGGGCCGGGAAGAGCCUGACUGGCUCCCUGAAGCCUCGGGGCGGCUUCACCGGAACGCACUUCCGCGGUCGCGGAGGGAGACCAGGAGUCGCGGGUCCAAGUGGGCGAGCGGCAAGCCCGAGCCGUGAGGAGCCGGUCCAGAUUAUCUCUGCUUUGUGUGCAGAUGUGUUCCUGAUUCAUCUGAGUUCUCUAAGCUGAUUUUCGAGGCUCAGGUGCAUUAAAGGGAGUCAGUGGCAUAGGACAGGCUGUUUGGAGAAACACUAAUUACUUUGAAAUUACUGACCACACAGCCCAAGUCCUCCUGCCAUGGGCUGCCGAGAUGUCCAUGCAGCCACGGUCCUGUCCUUCCUGUGUGGGAUUGCCUCUGUAGCAGGCCUCUUUGCGGGGGCUCUGCUUCCCAACUGGAGGAAGCUGCGGCUGAUCACAUUCAACAGAAACGAGAAGAACCUGACGAUUUACACGGGCCUGUGGGUGAAGUGUGCCCGGUAUGACGGAAGCAGUGACUGCCUGAUGUACGACCGUACUUGGUACCUGUCAGUUGACCAGCUGGACCUGCGUGUCCUCCAGUUUGCCCUGCCUCUCAGCAUCGUGAUCGCAAUGGGUGCCUUGCUACUCUGCCUGAUCGGAAUGUGUAACACGGCCUUCAAGUCCUCCGUGCCUAACAUCAAACUGGCCAAGUGUCUGGUCAAUAGUGCAGGCUGCCACCUGGUGGCUGGACUCCUGUUUUUCCUGGCAGGUACCGUGAGCCUCUCUCCAUCCAUCUGGGCCAUCUUUUAUAACAGCCAUCUCAACAAGAAGUUUGAGCCAGUCUUUACCUUUGACUAUGCAGUCUUCGUCACCAUUGCUAGCUCGGGGGGUCUGUUUAUGACGGCUCUUCUGCUGUUCGUUUGGUAUUGUGCAUGCAAGUCUUUGUCCUCUCCUUUCUGGCAGCCACUGUACUCUCAUCCUCCCGGGAUGCACACGUACUCCCAGCCCUAUUCAUCGCGGUCCCGCCUCUCCGCCAUUGAGAUCGACAUUCCCGUGGUCUCGCACAGCACUUAACAGAGAUCUAAUUAGCUGUUCAGAGGAUGUCUUGUGGCCUCGCAGCCCCCUGCAUAUGAGCCUUUUUAGACCUGUGUACAUUCUUCCUAUGUUCCUUACCACUCGGUGGAGCCAAAUUUGUAUAUCUCAGUAGAAUGACAUGCUGCUAGAUUUUAUGAGGUACCUAUUACAUUCUUCUAAAUGUGAAACAUUCCUUUUAUCUUGCUUCUAAGACUAGAAGGGUCUUUAGCCUCCUUGUUGAUGUCUGAUCAAUGACUUAUAUGAAAGGCCCCGUGAUAACGACUGAGGCAAUGAAAACAGCAUAUCGAACAAUGCUGUUUGAUCCUUACCGAUAUAUUUCAGAUUGUGCGUUGUCUCCGAUGACUUAAAAGUAAAAGGGGCAGUUUCAACUUUAAGACAUUUUGGUCCAAUAAGGCCAGUUAGUAGUUUGUCUUCAGAACUCUACCAGCUUGAAGGUAUAAUUUCGUUCUCUCUUGGGACUAAUUGAAUAGGCAUCAGUAUCCUGAAGAUUACUAUCUUCUACCUCAUUCCAGUGAAACGUAAAACUCAUUUUAAAUGAUGACAGAGUAAGGCUAACAUUUAAAUAUGCUUAACAUUUGACUUCUUUGUUGGUUUCAGACAGGGUCUUGCCGUGUGUAGCUCUGGCUGGCCGAGAAAUCACUCUGCAGACCAGUCUGUACUCAAACUGUCCUCCCGCCUCCUGAGCACUCACUACAAGGCACGCCCAACUCCAUCUAGCACCUCAUAAGUUUUAGUUACUGAUUAUAUUGCUGGAGCUAAAAAUGUGCCAAGAGACAGUAUGUUGUUCCAUUUGAAGCAAGAAUCCCUGUCCAGAUACCCCAGUCAGGUGGUGUUCAUGCACUGUACAAGCUCACCGUGCCCAGGACAAAUGAGGACGAGGUUGGUGAUGCCGAUGGUUGUCUCCUCAGGCACCGGAGUCUGUUCUUCAGUGUCAGCGCCGAAGAGUCAUUUGGUGGCUACUAUCUGAGUAGCCAUGGCUCUACUCUGUUCAGUUCCUGCUUCAGGACUGAGUGCUUGCUUCUAACACUGCUUAACACUUGAAUACUUAUUUAGAGGAUACACAAACAGGAGAAGUAGCCAUGUCUAUGUAGGAAUUUUGAUGUAGUACAUUUGAUAACCAGUGGAAUGUUUGACUUUAUGGUAGCUGGUAAACUUGUCAAACAUUGACCCAGGAAUGUAUUUCACCUGAAAUGUGUCUUUCUGACACAGACAGUCUGUGGUGUACCAGCAGAGAUAGUCUGGACCCUGGAAAUUCACUUUUGUUAGGUCUCCUCCCAUAGCUCACAAGCCGUAAUAAUGGUCUCAGAGCAUGAGAAUGGGCAAGAUGGAAGAGAGAUUAAAUUAUACCUGUUCUACCUCUGAAACUAAGAUGAUACAUUGAAGAGGGACAGAUUUUAAGAAUGUCUCUUCUGAUGUGAUAUCAAAUGGUUGAAACCAUGUAAGUACUGACGUCCCACUUUGACACUGAGGGGUGCUGGGUCUUAACUCUUAGGGAUUUGAGCUGCUCAUUAAUUAGUAUCAUGUCCACUUACUAGCAUUAUGUUCGUAAGGUUUAUAGUAUAUUAUGGUUAUAGAUUUUUACAAGCAGGUGAUUUUAUCUUAACAGUUUAUGAUGCCUCUUUUGCAAAUUUGAGUAUUCCUGUAGAGAUAUGUAGUGCUUUUCCGUAAGUCCAACACUACUGUAUGUAGGCAAGUAAAUCCAAUUGUAUAAUUUUUAAAUGCCGUCAAUACAGAGCAUGCAUAUCAAUGUUUUUUUUUUUUUUAAAUUAUGGCUUCUAGUCUUUUCCACCUUUGGUUCUUCUCAUCCGUAAAUAGAACUGAGUGUUGGUCAUUCCGAGACAACAGCAUCUAGAAUCUUGAGACUAAUAAUAGGUUUUUUUCCCUUUGUUAACUAAUCUUAGUUCUUCUCUCACUAAACUGUUUUCAGAAAGAUUAAGAAUUUUGCCAUGUCUCGGUGUUAGUAUAAAACUAGGGCCAGCUGUAGUGGCGUUUGACUUUAAUACCAGCACUCACGAGGCAGUGACAGGCGCAUUUCUAGACAUUCUGGUCUCCAUAGCAAGAUCCAAGCCAGUCAGAGCUACACAGUGAGACCCUGUCUUAAAAAAAAAAAAUUAAGAAAAAAAAAGUGGACUCGGCAAUGAGAAUCCUAGACAGUUUUCAGCUCCCAGGAUUGUAACUACAAACAUUAAUCUUUCUUAUGAGAGUCUUUUGGCAUUAUCAUCUAUAGCCUCCAAUUACUGUUUAUUAUGAAUUCACUCAGGAAGAGAAACAGCUGUUUCUGUAUUAUCUUUUUAGUGUUCCAGAUUGGGCAUAAAUAGCUGUUUUUUUUUAAAGCCAUCAAAUGAAAGCAUGUAUUUACAAUCCUUCUGAGUCACUUGAGCACUCCUGGGGCUGUUACUGAGAUGGGGUGGGUAACUUCUUUUGUUGCUGAAGAGCCGUUGGUUUUAAAGGAGCAAGUUUGGCAAACAACCUUGACUGUGAGAUGGUGCACAGAAUUUGUGUUAGCCAGCUUUGGGAGAAGAAUAAAUCUGAGAUCCCGAGUUCAUUAUGCUUGUACAUAUGCCCUAUGAUGGAUAGUGUGUGCUGUAAACCGCAAGGUAAAAACCUCAGUGGCUGUGCUGUGCUGCCUCAUGUUUAUUAAAAGAUGUAUUUUUACAA